AUGUCAACAGUUUCUUCUAAGUGUCGUCACUGUGGGAAAAAGUUUAAAAAAGAUCUUAAUUUACUAUACCAUCAACAAGUUUGUAGAAGUAUUCAAGUUAAAGUGAUACAUGAUCUUAAUUUUGUUUUACCAGACGGUUAUCAACUGCGUGCUCAUGCCUUUUUUCGCUCGCUUAAUGUCUAUUCUAAGUGCUUUAUAAAUGAGUUUUUUGAUAUUGAAUCAGUUAUAAAAAAUGAAGAGAAAAAUAUCAAGAAAUUACUCGAAACAUUUUUACAACAUUUGGUUAUGUUGAAAGUGCAAAUUGGAAUAUGCUGUGAGUUUUAUCGCUAUGAUGGACUUGAAAUUGUUUGGAUUACGCCAAUGUUUAAUUCAAGUUUGAAACCGUUUCUGACAUUAGAACUGUUUGAACAAUUUUUGGAUGAUUGUUUCUUUGAAAUCUCAUUAGACUUUGAUACAUUUACAACUAAAGGGAGUGGAUGGACUCUCAACAAAGUCAAAAUGAUUGAAAUUCGUAUUGGUAAAUAUGUCCCUCUGAGAGGUGGUUGUUUCAACAAGAAAUUACCCGACCAAAUUAUUGCUAAACGUGCUAUUAUCCAGCUCGAAUCAAAUAAAGAUUGUUUUAUUUGGAGUAUCUUAGCUUCGUUAUUCGUAGCAACGAAGAAUGCAUGUCGUAUUAAACAAUAUCAAAAGUAUAAAGAUCUGAUUGACUUUAGUAAUUACUCUGGAUAUGUAAAAGUAGAUAGAAUCAAAUAUUUCGAGUGUAGGAACAAUAUUUCAGUUAAUGUUUACACCUUGCAUACAAUUGAUAUGGAAAAAUAUACACCAGUUCCGUUACAUGUAUCAAGGAAUAGACAAGUCAAGCAUGCAAAUCUCUUAUUGUAUCAAGAGCAUUAUUGGCCAAUCCGAAACUUUAAUAGAUUCAUAGGACAUAAAAAUUCUCGUUAUCAUCAUUUUUGUGAAAAUUGCUUUACAGGGUUUCUAUCUGCUGAUAAAAUGCAAUUACAUACAGAAAAUUGUUACAAAUUCAAGACCUCACGAAUAUUAACACCACAACCUGACUCCAAAAUGUCAUUUACACAAUUUGAAAAGAUGAUUAGGUAUCCGUUUGUGAUUUACGCAGAUUUUGAAACAUUGUGUAAAAAAAUCGACGUUGAUUUGAAUAAAAACACGUUUGAAUAUCAAGAACAUUUACCUUCUAGCUAUGGUUACGUUAUAGUUGAUUAUACAGGUAAAAUUAUAAAAUACGAAGCUCAUAGAGGUCCUGAUAGUGCAAUCAUAUUUCUACAAUCAUUAAAAAAAGCCAGUGAUAAAAUAUCUCGAACUAUAAAAAGACGAUUUUCCAUGUUAAGGAUGUCUGUAACUGAUGAAGAAAAUUUCAAGAAAGCGUCAUCAUGUCACAUUUGUAACGCUGCGUUUACGAUAGAUGAUCUUAAGGUUCGUGACCAUGAUCAUUUUACUGGUUUAUUUCGAGGAGCUGCUCAUGAAAAUUGCAACUUAAGGAUGAGCGUUCCUGAUGAUAUACCAGUAGUUUUUCAUAAUUUAAAAAACUUUGAUGCUCAUAUUCUUAUGAAAGCUAUUCAAGAUAAAAUGUAUGAUAAUAUAAAAAUUAUUCCACAAAAUACUGAAAAGUAUAUUUCAUUUUCAUUCGACAAAUUGAAAUUCAUCGAUAGUUACGCCUUUCUGAGUGGUUCUUUAGAUAUUUUAUCAAAAGACUUGGAUGAAGCCUUCAAAAAUGGAUUCUUAUUACAACUAUUUAAACCCGAAGACUUGAACUUUGUUUCAGCCAAAGCAAAGCUUCCCUAUGAUUAUAUUGAUGAUUUUGACAAGUUCGGAGAAACAACGUUACCGGAUAAAAACAGCUUCUAUAAUCAGCUAAAUAUGGCUGCUAUUGAUGAUGACGUUUAUGAGAAUAUGGUUAAUUUAUGGAACCAUUUCAAUUUACAAAAUCUUGGUGAAUUUCAAGACGUUUAUCAAAAAAUCGAUGUUGUACUACUUGCAGCCGUGUUCGAAAACUUUCGCAAAAUAAGCAAUGAACAAUUUCAACUUGAUCCACCUCACUUUUAUUCAGCUCCUGGUUUGACAUGGGCUGCAGCACUUAAGUCAACGAAUGUACAAAUUGACUUAUUAAGUGAUAUAGAUAUGAUAAUGUUUUUCGAAAAAGGUAUAAGAGGUGGUAUAUCUUCAGCUACCAAAAGAUAUGAAAAAGCCAAUAUCCCUGACACAGAAGAUUAUGAUAACACAAAGAAAACAAAGUAUAUGACUUAUUUAGAUGUCAAUAAUCUUUAUGGAUUUGCACUACAACAAACAUUACCAAUAUCUGACUUCAAAUUUGAAGAAGAAGCAAAUUUUGAAAUAAUUUAUGAAAAGUGCAUGACUGGUGAUGAAAAUAAUGAGUGUGGAUACGUGUUGGAAGUAGAUUUGGUCUACCCGGAUGGUUUACAUGAUCUUCAUAAUGAUUAUCCACUCGCUCCUGAGAAGCUGGUCAUAAAUAACGAAGAAUUAAGCUCAAUGCAACAGAACAUUUUAACUGAUACUGGCCGAAUCAGAAGUAAAAGUGAAAAGUUGAUGGCAACUUUUCACAAAAGAACAAAAUAUGUUCUACAUCAACGUAACUUAAAGUUCUACAUUUUACAUGGACUAAAACUUACUAAAAUUCACCGAAUUGUAUCGUUUAAACAAUCAACAUGGUUGAAAGAAUAUAUACUACAUUGUACUGAAAAACGUAUGUUAAGUAAAUCAUCAUUCGAAAAAAACUUUUGGAAACUACUUGUAAACGCUAUAUACGGAAAGUCAAUUGAAGAUGUCCGUAAGCAUACAGAGAUAAAAUUCGAAUUAUCCUUAGAUGGUGUUAUGAAACAAAUGCAAAAGCCACUAGUUGAAAGAUUCUAUAUUAUUGAUGAAAAUAAAGCUAUAUUCAAGAUGCGAAAAAAGUCAGUGCUGUUAAACAAGCCAAUUUAUACUGGAUUCACAGUUUUAGAAUUAUCUAAGCUACAUAUGUUCCAGUUACAUUAUGAUAUAUUUAAGAGUUAUUAUAAUAAUAGCAUACAGCUGCUGUACACAGAUACUGACAGUUUCAUUUAUUCUAUUGAGACUUUGGAUAUUUACAACGACUUCAAAAUAAUUGAUCAUAUUUUCGAUUUUUCAGACUAUCCAACUAAUCAUUCAAGUGGAUUGUAUAGUGAUAAAAAUAAAAAAAAACUUGGAUACUUAAAAGAUGAAAUGAUGGGUAAACAAAUACUGGAGUUCAUCGCCUUGAAGUCUAAAGUUUACACCAUUCGCUCCGAGGACUUCGAUAAGAAAACAGCGAAAGGAGUUCAGCGAGUGGUUUUGAAAGAAAUGAUUUCAUUUGAAGACUACAAAGCUGCUUUAUUUCAACAUAAACUGUUUUUUCAUAAUAUGAGAUCAAUUAAAAGUAAUCAUCACGAUAUUAAAUCUAUACAGACUCGAAAGUUGGCGCUCAAUCCGUUUGAUGACAAACGGUACAUCCUUGACAACGGUGUUGACACACUUGCUUAUGGACAUUAUAGAAUAAGAGAAAAAUGA